CCAGGGCAGCUGUGGACUCGCCCGCCUCCCCCUGGCUCCGUUGGCGCCGGCCCGCAUCGGUGGGCUCGACUGGCUGCCCAGCUGGCACUGACGUCCCCUCGGAGCCCGGUGGCAGCCGAGGUAAACAGCCACGUGCAAUCCUCCACUCUAUAUUUAACAGCUGCUGCGGAGAAGGCAGGGAGGCAGGGAGUGGUGGUGGCUCCCGGGGCAGCUCCUGUCUUCGGGGACAAGGCCUCGCAGCCGGGCUGGCACCAGCCCUCGCCGUGUGAGCGUCACCAUGCCAGCCUCCCAGAGCCGCGCCCGGGCCCGGGACCGCAGCAAUGUCCUCAACCGGGCUGAGUUCCUGUCCCUGAGCCAGCCCCCCAAGGGGGCCCCGGAGCCCCGCAGCUCAGGCAGGAAGGCCCCGGGCCCCUCGGCGCAGCCCCCGCCCCCUGGCGAUGGGGCCCGCGAGCGGCGCCAGUCACAGCAGCUGCCCGAGGAGGACUGCAUGCAGCUGAACCCCUCCUUCAAGGGCAUCGCCUUCAACUCCCUGCUGGCCAUUGACAUCUGCAUGUCCAAGCGGCUGGGGGUGUGUGCCGGCCGCGCCGCGUCCUGGGCCAGCGCCCGCUCCAUGGUCAAGCUCAUUGGCAUCACGGGCCACGGCAUCCCCUGGAUCGGGGGUACCAUCCUCUGCCUGGUGAAGAGCAGCACGCUGGCCGGCCAGGAGGUGCUCAUGAACCUGCUCCUAGCUCUGCUCCUGGACAUCAUGACGGUGGCCGGCGUCCAGAAGCUCAUCAAGAGGCGCGGCCCAUUCGAGACGAGCCCCAGCCUCCUGGACUACCUCACCAUGGACAUCUACGCCUUCCCUGCCGGGCACGCCAGCCGCGCGGCCAUGGUGUCCAAGUUCUUCCUCAGCCACCUGGUGCUGGCAGUGCCCCUGCGCGUCCUGCUGGUGCUCUGGGCCUUCUGCGUGGGCCUGUCGCGCGUAAUGAUCGGCCGCCACCACAUCACGGAUGUCAUCUCGGGCUUCAUCAUCGGCUACUUCCAGUUCCGCCUGGUGGAGCUGGUCUGGAUGUCCUCCAACACCUGCCAGAUGCUCAUCUCUGCCUGGUGAGCCACCUGGCCGUGGCUCAGGACCCGGGGUGGCCCGAGAGAGGGGACAGGAGCAGCAGGGCCGGCGGUGGGGGGGGGGGGGACAGCGGCAAACCCGCAGCCUCAUCUCCCCCACCUUGGUUGGAGGCUGGCGACCUCGGCCAGGCCGCCCCGAGGGCCGGUGUGGCUGGUAAUGCCCGGUGUCCCCGCUCCUGCGCUGAGACUGCGAGUGUCCUCUCGAGGCAGGCCGGGCACCCGUGGGACAGCCGUGCUUUGCUUCUGCCCUGGAGGAGGAAGGCGAGAACCAAGGUGGCAGGAGCAGGGCCAAGUCUUGUCCUGUCCCUUUGUCAUCGUGACUGCUGAGUGCUUGGCCAUGCCCCCCAUGCCACAGCGCGAUGCCUGGCAAGACACCCCCAGCCAGCGCCCAACCCAGGUGCCACUGCCGUUAACGGUCAUCGAUAGCUUAGGGCAGCCCUUUCCCAAGGGUGCCAUGCCGGACGCCGGCCUACAAGACGCUUCUGGAAGAAAAAGGGUUUUGUGGUCAAAUAACCUUGGGGAAUGCUGCGUACUCUGCCCCCAUGCUGGCCGUUCACAAGGGCCGUUGUUGUCAUAAAGGCUCUGACAAGUCCUGUAGAAACGCUUCCUGUCAGACCCGGUUUAACUCCAUGUUUCCUCAACUUAUUUGGCCAUAGACCCCUUUUCUCGAGGAACAGCUGCAGACCCCCAAAGAUCCGCCGCCUCUUCAAGCACGUUUUGGGAGAUGCUGCCCGGGAGCCGGAGGGCCUGAGCGAGAGUGGGCCUCUUCCAGCGCCCGGGGAGGCCCGGUGUCGCGUGCCGCCUGCGGAGAGCCCCCGGCCACGGGCAUCGGUGCCGCUUUGGCCCCCAGGGGCCGGACUCCGUGUGACCUGAUAGGUCAUUUCCAAGUACCCGUUAUGGAUGUGCGUUUCAUGUGACAAUACAGAUGACAUGCAGCGGACCCUCUCCCGCGUGCUCUCUCUCAUGUGAUGCACGUUUCCGGGCAGGACAGUCUCUGUUGACAACCAGGGUGGGAUUUCUUCAGCCCCAGACGGGCCAAGGUGUCAAGUGGUCAGGGGGCAAGGGGCUCCUAGACUUUUCCAGGCUGGUGGGUCGUUCUCCCUGAGGUCACUGUCUGGGGGUCCAGGGCCUGGGUCAUGAACAGCUCGGGAUGCCCCUAAGGUGCCACCGUCGGGGUCUCCCCUGGGGGCCCGGACCCUCUCUCGCUCCAGCCUCAGGUCUCCCUGGCUCCUUGCCCCCAAGCCAGUGGACAAGCCAUCAGGCCAACACAGGCGAGCCCGAGGAGAGCCAUGACGAGGGGCACCAGGGGAGCUCGGGCCGGGGGCCGGCCAGGAAGGAGGGGAAGAGUGUUCCAGGCGGGGGAGGAGGGAGCAAAGAGGCCGUGCCUGUCACAGAUGAGAGGGAGCCCCACACGGCUGCGCCCAGAGGGCAGGGUAGGGGGGAGACGCGUCAGGCUGGGGCCGGGGCUCGGGGUUCCAGGAGCGAGCGCUUAGUGUGUGAGGGCUCGACACCUUAUGUCAGGCCUCUGACGUGGGGCCACUGACGUGCCCAUGGUGCGGAGGAGAAAAAGAGGCCCAGAGAGGGGAGGUGACUUGCCCAAGGUUGCAGGGGGCAGUAUGUUGCAGCCCACCGCCCACGUCCCCGCCACUCGGCUCAGCGUCCAGGGCUAUCGUAGAGAAGUGCCACAAGCCAGCGGCCUAAAGCCCCUGCGAGACUUAUUGUCUCACAGAUCUGGAGGUAGAGGCUCAAAAUCAAGGGGUCCCCGAGGCCAUCCUGCCUCUGCGACUCUGAGGAGAGCCCUGCCUUGCCCGUCCGGCUUCUGCUGGUGCCCGGGGUCCUGGGGGUAUGCUGGCCACGGCCCCACAGUUUUCCGUCCCUGCUCAGCCCCGGCAGGACCUUCUCCCCGCAUCCGUGCCUCCUCCGCUCUGAGGACAGCGGUCACGGGAGAUCAGGGCCCACCUCCUCCAGUGUGACUUCGUUUUAACCGACAUCUUCAUCACAUCUGCAGAGACCCUAUUUCCAAAUAAGGUCAUGGUCAUAGGUACCGGGAGUUAGGACUUCAACGUAUCUUUUGGGGGAGGCCACAAUUCGACCCAUAACACCUAUGACCCUUUGGGGGAGGAACCCACCUUUGUCUCUCAGCCAGGCCAUGGGGACAGGGCAAGGAUAGGGCACAUUGCCAUGGGCAGAGGGGCCCAGCUGCCAAUGAUGGAGGGGGGUUGGGUCUCCGGACCCAGACUGUUCCACCGGCCUAGCCCUCGGGGCUGACCACCCACCCCUCCUGCUGCAGGGGACCCAAAUCCUCACCACAUCCUCAAUGGUUGUGGGCACCCCCCACAGCCAGGCCGGGGCAUGGCCCCUGCGGACAGGACCCUCCCCCCCCCACCCGCCCACUCUCCCAAGACCCCGGGGCUGCUCUCUUGAGCCCCCAGGGUUCCCUGCCCUGCUGGGGGUGCAGGACAUCUGCGCCUUGUCUUUCCCCUAAAGGGGCUCUGGGGCACCAAACUGGCCAGGCCACCACGAUGAAAAGCCCCAACUUCCAAUCUGGAGCAUUGGCUGCUUCUGGAGUCUUUUUAAAAUACAUUCUGCAUGUUUCCCCAGAUGCUCUCGGGUGAUGAGUUUCUGAUAUGCUGAGCAGAAGGGGUGAGGGUGUCUUCCUUCCCCAACUCACCCCCACCCUGGAAAUCUGUCAUCCACAGUGGGUCCUCCUCCAGCUUUGGGCUGGGGAACGGGCGGCUGCCCUCUGGGGCCCAUCUACGGGGGCUGGGGGGUGGUCUCUGGAGUCUGUAGGAUGAGGAGGGGUUUCUGAAGAACGGAGGGCUCUCAGCAGCCCCCCUAAGGGUUAGAGGGGGCUGGUGGGAUCCCAAGUGCCUGAUAAAUGGUUAAGAGGAAAGGUCCCUGGGAAGCUUUGUCUGGGAGGCACAUCCUGUGGGGUGUCGGUCACGCUGGGAGCUAGAGACCCAGGCUCAGGCCAAUGUCAGCACUUCCGGGCAGGGGUGACAUCCCCUCUCGGAGCCUCCAUGUACUGCUCGGUCAGAUAGGGGUGACAGUGGUCCCCGGGAGGUCCUGUGUGACUCAGGGGUGCCCUCCAUGUGGGAGCCUGGCAGGUCUGUGCUCAAGGAUGCCACCCAGGCCUCAUGGAUGGAUUCCUCCGAGGGAGCCCGCAAGAGCAUAGCAGGGA